CGUGUGUUUUAUAGUUUACAAGAUUUAUAGUAGGACAAUCGCGACUAUCGAUACGCUGCGUGACUGUAUUGUAUGGGUUCACCGACUACAUGCAGGAGUUUAUAAAUACCACGUGAUCAAUUUAAACGUGUAUGUAAAUUUACGUGGAAUUACCUUUACAUUUUAACGGAAAAUAUUUGUGAGAUUAAAAUGAUGUGUUUAUGGAAGUUGUAUUUGUCGAUAUAUUUUGGCCAUAGAUAUGCCGUAUUCUGAUCUCUGAAGAAGCCUAUUUUGAAAUAUUGAAGACAAUCUACGAGAAAAUCAUUCGAGAAGUUAACGAUGGCCAGCAAUGACCAAGAUGCCAAAGCUGCCUGCGAUGAUAUUUUUAAUGCUGCUACAACAGAAGACGUUGAUGAUAUUUUCAGAAGUGCCACUGUUGCCACGCCCCAUAAAAUCCAGUUGAGCUAUUCACUUAGUCUGCCUUCAAGUCUUGUUAGCAAAUUUCCCAGCGGCCCAGUGACGAAAAACGUAAGUGAAUCAUUCACAUUGGAGAGAAAGAGAGGUGCCAAUGUUGAGCUAUGUGAAGAUUAUUGUCCUCGAGAAUUUAUUCACUUAAGGUCCGGAUCUUAUCAGAACGGGGAAUGUUUGGUUACAAUCAAAAAUAUGAGUUCCAAAAUACCGAUUGAGCUGAAAUCACCAGGCGCGGGAAAGAUCAUGCUAGGAUAUAACGAAGAAGCCAGUGUCAAAUCAAAUACGAAAAUAGCGGCGCUAAAUUUAGUCUGGAUGAUAAUGACUGAAGCUGGAGAUAUGGAUGCUACAACGUAUGAAGUAUCAAUGAAGGGCUUUUGUUCUGAAGAGUUUAAUCAAAUGGUUCGCGCUGUGGAGGAUUCAUCUUCUAAUCGAGUGCAUGGCGAAGCAGGCGUACCAACACCGAAUCCACAAAAUGGUCCCAAUCCAAAUAACGGUAACCAGGUCAACCGGUAUAGGCCACAGACGGAACAAUAUGGUCGAUUUAUAAGGAACGACACUGUACAACCUAUGAGUAGCACGUCAAAUGGCCCAGUGGCUAAUGUGGGACCUCAGUCUUACAGUGGGAACCAGUGGCAAGCUUGUAGAAAUGUUAUGCCAUUACCCGCUGAUAACAACGUAAUUCUCCAAGCCCAAUACCAAGCACCAGCUUCCUUUGUGGGCCAGGGAGGUGUACCACCAGCGUUCUGUUCCGGGUGUUCAAGUAAUCCACCAUGCACAGAAAGAUCUUUCAAUUCAGGAUUCUGUGAUGGUCAACCACACGAAAGUCCACUACACAAUGGUCCACACUUCGAUGCGAUACCAAAUUAUGGGCAACCAUAUUCUUGGCAAUAUCCCAGUUAUCAGCCACAUGUAAAUCAAGUAUAUGAUGGAAAACAAUAUCAUGGAAUACCAAGUUAUGGACAACCAUAUUAUGGGCGAUAUCCCAGUUGGCAACCACCUGCAAGUCAAGUACAUUAUGGUCAACAAUAUCAUGGAAUACCCAAUUAUUGGCAACCAUAUACUGCACUAUAUCCCAGUGGUCAACCACAUGCAUGUCCGCCUAAUAAUGGGAGUUUUCCUGGAGAAUAUCGUCCUGCCUUUUCUGCUGCUCAAGAAGGAUACCCAGGUCAAUCUGGUACAGGGAGUUACGGUAAGCAGCCAACAACUAACUGGCACACAGUCAAACCCACUGGUAUUGAUGAAGCUGUCAAUUUAUCGCCAGAUAAUAUCCGACAACACUGUGUGAACACACAUCCGAUAUCGGAAAAUUCUCCCCCCGAUUUCAAUCCUUAUUUAAUGAAUGAAUACAUGCGGAAACCUGAGUAGUGGGAUUUCAUUCUUUAUCAAUCUGAUCCGACGACUAUGACUCGGAUAUUGCUUCUAUGAGAUUUUACCAUUUGUUAUGUCCUGCUGGUGAAACAAAGUACCACGGUAUUAUAGACCAGGAAAUGAAUAUGAUGUCAUGGCAGCCAGCUUGGAAUUAUUGUGACAUUAUAUCAAAAAUCGAAAACAAAAACAACACCACCAACAACAAUGGUUCAAAAAGAUUUUUUUUUUAAAUUUAAUUUUCAAUAUUAUUUUUCUUGAUAUUUACAAAAUAGUAAAUGCAGUUUCAUUCUGCACCAUUAUGUCGUCUCAGUAACCACCUGCUUGGCCCAAACUCUAAUUAUAUAAUGCGCGAUAUAAUGUAUAUACAUGUAUUUAUGGCGCAGUCGUAACAUAAUCUCAAUAAUAGACAGCUGCGCAGUACACUUGCCAUAUCAGGGACUAAUUUUAGGCGACGAAUGACCCACAUAUGGCCCAGGUAUGCAGGGGGGGGGGGACGACCGAAUGGUUAGCACGUGCGUUGUAUCAUAUGGUCUGCCAUUGAGUCGACUGGCGUGGUUUCGAAUCACCGGUUAUACGUGACAAGGAGUAGGGUCGCCUGUCCGAACCUCGUGGGUAUUCCUCCCACUGCUAAAGACCCCUACGCGCAAGCGAAUUAUUGAAAUAAAAUUGAACAUGUGUUAGUCCCGAAAUGACCUAGUUUGCAUUGAAUGGACGGUAACACACCCUCUCUCUCUCUCUAUCUCUCUUUCUCUCUCUCUCUCUCGUGCCAGCUGGGCGUGGGGAGGUUGAGAAUUCCUCCUGACGAUAUUAAUAUUUAGGUUUUUAUGCUCCCACUGAAUCUUGUUCCUCGUGCCAAAUUAGCGGUGACAACGCCCCCUGAUUGGUGAGAGCGAAAGAAAUGGGGUUUAACGUCCACUCGAUACAAACUAGGUCAUUUCUGUAUUGAUGGUUUAUUUGUAUGUAAUAUUAUACUCUACCGUGUUCAGUAUUUAUUGUUUAUAAAAUGCGUUGUAAUACGUUACUCUAUAACCUCUACUGUUCAGUAUUUACUUACCGUUUUAAAGUGGCGUUAUGCGAGAGCUGAAUUUAUUUGCCACAAAGAGUAGGGUCGCCUGUCCAACCUAGUGGAUUUCUCCGGUUCCCACUGCUAAAGACCCCCUCUAUCUUUAUUUGCCUAUAGUUGUGCGUGUUUCCUGCUUCAAGUGUUGUAUAAAUUAUUAUUUCGACAUUUAUUCACAUGACAAGCCCAUAAUCAGCCCUCUCGGUCAUCUGAUGGCUUAGAUAUUGAGUGGAUUAUACAAUGUUCGCCAUAUUUGCGCUAAACGCUAAUUUUGGCUGGCAUAGCCGAAAUUUUACGGUAAAGGAAGACUUCAAUAACGGUAAUUGCCGAUAAAGGGACUGAUAAAAUCUAGACUUCGUUUAUUAUCGCGGCAAUAGUACUUGAAAAUCGAGAGUUUCCGUCUGCCAACGAUCGGUAAUGCUCGGUAAUCAUCGGAGACAAUUUACGGUUAUUUGUUGUUAAAAUUUCAAACAUUCAUAACUUCGUUCAGAACAAUGUAAUUUGACUCAAAAUUUCAAUAUAUUCAUUUUUCAUUAUCUAUUUUUGAAAUAUUAUAGCGGACGGAAACAACCAACCUCUAAUCGUUAAUCUCGCAUGGUGUACAUGUAUCUUUAAACAUCAUAUGUUGUUUUUAUUAAGCAUGUAUUACAUCAGAUUUAUUCUUACUACAAAUAUGUCCUCAAUCACGAGUUUUCACAACAGGAACCGAAACCACGACAGCUAGCCAGAGGUAACGUGCCAACCAGGGGCCUGUUCCACAAAAUCCAAAUUUUAGUAAUUUGAUUCGAGAAUAUUAGAUUGAUUUUAGUACUAAGUCAAUCAAAUUGAAUCAUCUACUAAAAAUGGAUUUUAUCUUUAGUUAAGAUUUCGAGAAACAGGGCCCGGAGCUCGAAGCACGACACUAGACAACAAGGCCACGACCCCACCGCCUUGUUUAUUAUACAUGUAUUACAUCAGCAUUAUACUGAGUAUAAAUAUAUCCUCAAUCACGAGUUAUCAUAUUUUGUUUAUUAUAUCCGCGAUGACAUGAUAUCAUUUUUUGUUUCAUGUAAUAACAUACU